AUGAGGCCUGCCGCCUACCCCUCCGCAUUGACCUGGCAGCGUGCGGUGCCUUUGCAGCAGAAGACGCAGAUUAUUAACACACGGGUCAAAGACCGUGACCCUGCUGCGGUUUCCCCCAAAGAGGACGGCGGCGUGGACUCUGACCCGGAGCGGGGGGCCGGAAGACAGGGCUUCUCCCUGCCUCUCUCCUCAUUAAAGCAGCCAUCCUUCAUGGGGUAA